AUGCUGGCUAUCCUUUGCGUGUUGAUCUUGCCAACCCAUCUAAGCGCCUCGACGCUGCCGGCAGUCACCCUGCCAUCGACAUCUGCUGACCAAUCCGCCCAAACAGACGCGCAACAACGAGCGAUUGUGGUGCUUGGCGACAGUAUCAGCGCCAGUUACGGUAUUCAACGCGAACAGGGCUGGGUACAUUUACUCGACACGGCGUUAGCGCAGCGUGAAGAGAGCUGGUUCGCGGUGAACGCCAGCGUGUCCGGAGAAACCACCGGGGGCGGCUACGCUCGCCUGGCUGGCGUUCUCGCUGAACACAAUCCAGAGAUUGUGAUUAUCGAGUUGGGCGGUAACGAUGGUCUACGCGGCUACCCGGUUGAAAAAAUUCGAGAAAACCUGCGUGGCAUGGUUGAUCUGGUCAACGAAAGCGGCGCCACCCCUAUUAUCGUGGCCAUGCGCAUACCGCCAAAUUACGGACCACGCUACACCCGCGCAUUUGAUACGGUGUUCUCUGAAGUAGCCACGGAGAAAGGUACAGCCUAUGUGCCUUUUCUGCUGGAAGAAGUCGCUCUGGCGGAAAAUAUGAUGCAGGAAGAUGGCAUCCAUCCCACCGCCGAGGCACAGCCUUUACUGUUAGACGCAGUGUGGGAAGAAUUGUUACCGCUGUUGUGA